GCUACUGAUUAUGAAACUAUGUAUGUACAAACUAUUUAUUACCAUAGAUCGUGUAUAAGUAAAAUUAUGAUUGUUUUUGAUAAAACUGGUGGAAUCACAGUUUCAAAUUAAGGCUAAAGUAUUUUGUGCAUGACUCAGACUACUCAGAUGUGCUCAGACUACUCAUUAAGUUUAGCCGGGUAGAAAUUAAGCAAAAAUGAUACGAAAAAGUUACAAGAGUGUUGAUAAUCCUAAGAUUAUCAUGCGACAUAUACAUGCACUUAAUUUUUUUUGCUGGAUCCAAUAAUUUAGAAUUAUUUUUGCAUAAAUAGUAUGAACAAAUAAGGAAAUAUGUAUGUAUAUCAAUAUAUAGCGCAUGUACAUAAAACUCAUGGAAUGAUCUAGAACUCUUAUAAUAAUGUACAUAGGCAUGUGCAUAAGUACAUGUUUUUACAUGAAACUGUGCGCAUCCUCCUGACACCGGAUAGAAGUCCAUCAUUCGUAUCCUUAGUCAUUGAGGAAAUCUACUAAACAUUGCAGACUUAAAUAGCAUGACGAAUAUUGUUAACAUUUUGUAAUUAAGUCAAUAUUAUAUAAUUUCAGAAUGUGUCAUUUAUUGCAGGACUAUCAGUAAAACUUAAAAUUGAUGCACAUACAUAUUUAUCUGUAUCAUAAAUAUUACCUACUUAUGUGCAUGAAUCCCCAUAUUAAACUAUGCCAUGUUUUCAGCUAUCACAUUAAUCCUUGAUUAAACAUCAGCCUGCAAUCCGAUGGUGAAUCAUUUACUCAUAAUGUAAAUACUGAUAAAUGGGCUAUUUAAGUCCAAUACAUGUGUUUUAGCAAACAUUAACAAAUUCAUCCCCCCUGGAUACUAUCCAGACUAUUUUAUAUCGUCUAAAGAAAUAAAGUUCAUAGGUAACCCACCACGUGACAAUUUUUAAAAAUCUUUAAUAAAAUGGCAAUUCCGUCGGUUUCUACGAAAACACAAUUUCCAAAUGUAAAAUAUAUCUGGAAGUCUGUAGGGAUUUCAAUUUUUUUUGGUUUGAUUACCUUCUCUAUUUUAAUUUUUAAACUUGAUAUCAACUGGGUCUUCUGCAUCUUGAUAAGCUUUGUACUGACGAUGCUGAUUUCUGUAGCUGUACACUUUUCCAGAACUUUUAAAUAUGUAAUGGUCCUUUCAAUUAUUAAACUUGUCGGCCCUCAGAGUCGCCUCGUCUUGAUGUCCAUAGUGACCGGACUGAUAAUUGCCGGUCCGACUGUUUCUAUAAUGCACAAUCUUCAAGAAGUCCACCGAACUGCGCAAUGCGUUGGUGACAUUGUGAGGAAUCAUUCCGAAGAAAUGCAAUCUGCAUAUUCUCACGCUUACAAAGAUAUGUCAACCACGAUACAAGAAUCCUUGAGCGUUUGGGUAGGGUUAAGCGGCAAAAUUGAAAAUGCGUUGGAACCAGCUCGAAAAGCUAUCGACACCGCGGUGGCAACCAUAGAAAACUUUGGAAAAGAUGCUGAUCGAAUUAGAGGGGAAUGUGAAAAUGCAGUGUCUGGUGUUGGAAAAAAAUGCAGAGACGAUACAAAUCGGGCCUAUAACGACUGUCGUAAUAAAGUUCCUUCCAUGUUUAAGUGGGUGUGCGAAACCGUUAACGUUGGCGAGCAGAGUUGUUCUGCUUUCUCAAUUUCCAGUGGAAUAUGUGCACCUUUGCGACUUGGAGGAUACGUCGGAGUUGGGAUACCAACUGUGAUUAAUGCCUUUAAAAAUGUCGUUGAUAUCGUCAAACUUUCCAUAAAGCCUAAAACUAAAAUAGACACGGGAAUUGACAUAGAUAGUGGAAACUUGACCGAGGUCGUAUCCGAAAUUCGGCAUGGCAUAGAAAAUAAGUGGGAUAAAGUUAUGCUGGUUAUAAAAAUUGUUCAAGCUUUGUUAACCAUUCCAAUUUUGCUGGUCCCACUGCUGGCUUUAAAAUACUUACGAAAGGCUUCCCAAGAAAGGGAAAAAGGUGAACAGGCUUUUCGGAAAUUUUUAAGAAAAGAUGUUAAAAAGGAGAGAGCAAACAUCGUGCCGAGCUUAUUUCUUAUCUUGACGCACAUUCUGCUCACCUUGACAGUUUUUGGCUUUGACUAUUUGCUGCAUUGGAGUCAAAAUAUUGUUGGGGAAUUUGGUGGUUCAACGGUGAGUGUGACGGGAUCACUCCAGUUUGAGAUUGAUGUUAAUGCUGGGGUCAUUUUGCAGCCUUUUGUCAACCUAUUUUUACAAACGAUUAGCCAAGAGAGAAGCUACACGUUGCAAAAAUCAAGUGUGGUAUGCCUCCCAAAUCCGGUGCAGUCCAGUGGGAUGAGGGAUAUGUGUUUUGUUGGCGUUUUGUACGUGGUGAUCUUGUUUUCUGUCGUGUUUCAGAUCAUUGUUGUGAAUCUGAAGGAAAAGAUUGUCUCGAGUUAUUUACUGAUAAAUGAAGUUGAAGGGCAGAGUACGAAUAUGGUUGGUGAAGAAGAGUACAAGAAACUUAAUAAUUUAGGGGUGGAACAGAUUAAUAAGUGUGUUGACGGAAUUGAAUAUUCUAGAGUGGAAGGAGAGCUGAAGAUUAAUGUGAAGGAGCUUAAUAAGCUGAAUCGAAGUCAUAAUGAAGGAUAUUAAAUAUGUAUGUAGAUUCUUAACUAGAUAUGCAUAUGUUAUUUGGAUUCUAAUUUAGAUAAGUUGAUAUUUUUUGUACCAUGCCGAGCGCACUUGUUAUUUUCAAAUUCACACUUUUCUAUUCUUCGUAUAGGGAAUCGUUUUAAUUAAAAUAUGAACUUAAUCUGUACUUAACAUACGAGUUAUGCACAUACGUAUUCUAUCUGUGAAUUUUAAUUUUUGAUAUAAAAAUAAUUUAUAACUUCUGUCCAUCCUUUCGUUAUUUAUGCAUUAAAGUGUUGAGAAACCGGACAAUUUGAUCAAAAUCUAUUACAUAUUGCUACAUACAUACCUCGCUGUUCUUUUUUACCUUUACUCAUGAUUCAUAGCAUGGUCGAUUUGAUAAAAUUGUGUCA